UGAAACUAUUAUUGAAAAUAUUAUCGGAGCUGUUAUAGUUACGACAGAUCAUUGUAUGAAUGCUAUUUUCUAUGUAUGUUAUAUGAACUAUGGUUGAUUGAAUCUGUCCCGUUCCGCGUUUCUAUUUCUUUGAGUAGCACAAUAUGCGACGUCAUGAAGCAGUUUUAAGUUGGCAACAGUUUGCGUACCCCGCGCCGUUUUCGUCGUAUAUUUCAGUUUGCUUUUUACCUAUUCCGAGAAAAGCUCUGCGCCUCUCUGGUCUGAGCGCGGUGCGAGCACGUUGAAGAUACCCACUACCGUAUCAGUUGCUGUCCGAACGUGGUUAGUGUCGCAUACUACUGAAUCAGUAUCACUGCAUUGUGUAUUGAAUUGAUGGUUAUUAAGUGGACGUUUUACUGUCAUUGUUGUUACUGUCAAUGAUUUGAAGACAUUAAUUAAACUGACUCGAUAAGAUAGAAGUAAGUGCGAGUGGCAGAUCGAAAAGCACAUGUCAGAUUGCAUCAACAGCUCGCGUAGACGAGUCUGCAUUUUUUUCUAUAAAGAAAUAACUACAGAUUAUCAAGUCGAGGCAACAGUGUUUUGUACGAGUAUCCGGCAAGAGUUCGCGUAUAUGAGUUUGCAUUGUUUUCCCAGAGGCGAGCGUUCGCGUCAGCAACUUGUCGAGACUAGUGUAUGUUUGUUCUGUCGACGACAAAUAUAGCCGAUUUCCCCUUGAAGGCGGUGGUGAACGUGUUACUCGUUCUGCAUUGUUUAGGCGCAGUGUAAUUUCAAUCAUCGUACGUACAUAAUGUCUGACGAUAGCGAUUUGGACGACAGUCUGAGGGAAUUUACUGCCGAUUCCAAGAAAAGUUACAAAGAAAGAGAGAAGGGAAGUCAGAGUCAGACUUCUCAGUCUCAAGAAAAAUGGUCAGAUCAAAAAAUAAGGAGGAAAUUAUUUUUUUCUGAGACGAAAGUAGAUCUGUUCAAAAAACAGUUGGAAAAAUCGACGAAUCAAUGUUAUCGACGACGCGACGGUAAAAGCAAGUUUGACCUUAAAAAUGAAAGUCGCACAUCGAGGAAUCCACUCAUCAAGUUUCGGCAUAUUCGUUUGGAAUGCAUCUACGCGAAGGAGUCGGUCCCAUUACCACUAUCCGAAAAGAAGCGAAAAACAUACACUUCUUCCCUUGGAUGUAAUGGUCAAAUAAAAUUGAAAUUGUCUGAAGAUGGGAGCUGUUACUGUGUUUCAGAAAUCGUCCCGCAUGACAAACAUCCACAAGCAAAUGCUGCAACUUGUAAACUUUUACCGCAAUCUCGUAAAUUGAAUGCUGAACAAAAAAAAUUGGUUAAAGAGACUUUGAAAGUUGAUGGAAACAAAUUGAAAUUAGUUACUAAGUUGAACGAGGAAGGCACCAAAGUAACUUUAAGAGACAUUCACAACGUUCGUGCUGAAAUGUCUGAAGACCGUCUGGGAAAUUCUGUUUCUGCUGUUACCGAUGUUUUAACGCAGUUUCACGCUGAUUAUGAAUUUCAUGUCAACCAGCACAAUGAAUUUCAAGUUCUGUACUUUGCCACACCUAAUAUGAAUGCCGUUUUUGAAGCUUGGCCAGAGUUUAUCAUGACGGAUACAACUUACAGCCUAAUUAAUUUGAAUUUUCCCGUUAUUCUGAUUAAUGUUGUUGAUGGCAAUGGAGCGACUGAAAUCGUUGCUGUUGGCAUAUUGAAGACGGAAUCAGAAGAAAAUCUUAAAUGGUUUUUUGAUGUUUUUAAAAAGAAGCAUGAAAGUGUGAUUGGAAAAAUGAAGUCUUGCAUGACUGAUAAGGACGGUUCUAUUAGAAAAGUGUGUUCAGAAGUUUUCCCCGUUUUAAUGUUAAUUUGCGCGUAUCACACUGCCAAAAUUUUUAAAGAUAAAAUUGUAUGUGAAAGUAUGGAAAUAAGUAAAACCGAAAGAGACAACAUCUUAUCUAUUUUGCAGAAAAUGAUGUAUGCUUCCGAUGAAAAAGUGUAUCUUCAAUACUAUGAACAAUUAUUGCAAACUAAAAAAACUAAAGUUAUAACUUAUUUUGAUGACAAUUGGCAUUGUAUAAGAGAGCAGUGGGUUCGCUGUUUCAUGAUCAAUUCUAACUUUUUGAACGAUACCAAUAAUAGAACUGAGUCUAUAAAUAACAAGAUUAAACUUUUUUGUCGAAAGCACAAUUUUUUAGCCGAUUUUCUCUUAGAAUUUUUGCAAUUUUUUGUGUACGUUUUUGAGAAUGAACGGAAUGUAAAAGCUUUACAAAAUUUUACAAAGGUUCCUGCUUAUAUAUUAAGCUCUGAUCUGCAAAAAUAUUAUUCGCUUGUUACGAAAUAUGCAUUUGACUUCAUAGAAAAACAGAAUUCUAAUGUCUGUUAUGUAAAACAUUGUACUAUGACAUCAAAUAGCAUUUUACUAGUAUAUAAUGCUUUUGAUGUUCUUAAACACACUGUCACUUCAAAAUCUUGUUCAUGUAAAAGUUUCAUAUCAAUGGGUUUACCGUGUAAACAUAUAUUUAAAUGCAGAACAAUGUUGAAUGUAAGUCUUUACGAUGAGGAUUUAGUGAAUGAAAGGUGGACGAAAAAAUAUUUCUUAUCUCAUUAUCGAUUGUUUCAAAGCAUUGAACUUCCCAUCGUUAAGUCAGUAGUAGUUACAAAUAAGGAUGUUUCACGCAAAUGUACAUCGCUUAAGCUCAAGGACUCUGGGAGUUCGAAAAUUACCAAAGAAAAGCCAAGUGGCUCUAAUAAUUCAAAAGACACCGAUGAUAAAGUCGGUCUUGAUCUCUGUAUUGAAAAUCGUGUACCUGCGGAUGCUGUAAAAACUGGUGAAAGUAUUGGUGAUGUCACUAGUAAUACUACAGAUAAUGCAAUGCAAACAUCAGUAAAUGUUAGUCCAAAUAGUAUGCAAAUUACUGAUAGUAUUAAUAGUCGUUCUAGUUUAAGGAAUUGUAAUGUUAUAGAUAAGAUCUCUGAAUUACCAAACGACAGUUGCAAUUGUGUUAAUUCAAAAACUACAGUCAUUGUUCCUGAAGAGUGUUCAGAACAACGUGACGAGUAUGUUAUAAAAUCUGCGGAUAUAGCUAGUAAGGUUUCUACUGUUGAUAACUCUAAGUCAGUUAGUAAAACUAAUGUACAUAAUGUUGAUGAGGCUGUUACCAGUUCUACUAGUGAAGUGAAAGCGAAUUCUAAAAGUAAUUAUUUUGUUUCUCCUCUCAAAUGUAUUGAAAACAUUAGUAAUGCCAAUGUUGACAAUCGUACUAUCGCUAAUGUAUCCGAUAUUAUCAUAAGUAAAAAUGAACGAAAGCGAGGUAGACCGAAAAAGAAGGCCCUCACUGCCAUUGGUUUGCCUAGCAAAAAAUCGAAGCAAGUUAAUUGUAAAAGUUAUCUGGAAUUAUCAGACAAAGAGAAAGCGAUCAUAAUCUUUCAGUGGAUUGUAUCACCGGCUAUUUUAAAAAAAAUCGAUAUUUCAGUUGUCAAAAUUGAUGUUGAUACCUUAAAGUUAAAAAAUGUACCGUGUUGGUUAUACAAUGAAGAAAUCGAUAUUACGAUUCUCCAAUCUUACAUGACAAACGAAGCAUUUAAUCUGUUGCAAAAUGCAAUUACAGCUAAUAUUGAAAAAGUUAAGUGGAUUUGUUUUCUUUGCAAAAGAGAUCUAGAUGAGAGUCAGAGGAAAGAUAGACAGCCAAGCAAAUCAACGAAUUGCGACCACUGUUUAAAGUGGUAUCAUUAUGAAUGCUUGAAGGUACCACCUCUUGAUAACGAUGACAAUUCGACUUAUUUUUGCGACAAAUGUAGAAAUUUAUAAUAUUUUCCUUUUCUUUAAUUUUUACUUUUUGUUUUGAAGUGUAUUUCAUUUACAUUAUUCAAUUUCAUUCACAUUAUCUAAUUUUUAUUCAAAAUAAAGUUUUGAAUAUUUCAAU